AUGAGGACUUCAUUUGCUAGUGUAUUACCGACCCUGCUGCUAUUACACGCGUACACAGCAGGGUCAACCCAAGCGCCUCUAGCAGAUGCUCCAUCGAAUUAUGUUGCUGGCGACAACGAUCACCAAGAGUACCUAUUUGCGCCCGGAGAGACAGACCCUCGGGCUAUUAGCCCAAGAGUCCAGAAUGCCUGGGAUACUCUUCGAACCAUAAAGCCCGCUACUUCUCCGACCGAUAAACCUAGCGGCUUACUCGGAUACACCUUACACUACGGCCGCGAAGCCUUCCGGAUACUGUUCAUGAAUGGACCCGCCACGGGCAAAACCGAUCGGAAGACCAGCUCGACCGUCGCACGAGCUGUAGAGGAACUGAAGGCGGCAGCGGAUGAAGAUGAGGACCCAGACGCGAUCUUUCUCCUCGCGGAAAUGAACUUCUAUGGCAACUUCACCCAUCCCCGCAACUUCAGCGAGGCCUUCAUGUGGUAUAGUGAUUUGGCAUGGCUUGACGGCAACAGUACGGCCCAGUCAAUGGUUGGAUUUAUGUAUGCGACCGGGAUUGGGAAUGCGGUUGAGCGUGACCAAGCGAAGGCUUUGAUGUACCACGAAUUCGCUGCGGAGGGAGGAAACACACAGUCGGAGAUGACGCUAGCGUAUCGCUAUCACACCGGCAUUGGAACACCCAAAGACUGCGAGCAUGCUGUCGCUUAUUAUAAGAGGGUGGCCGAUAAGGCGAUGGACUAUUAUCGGUCUGGCCCACCGGGCGGCCACGCCAUGGUUAGGGAGUCUUAUCGUUGGGCAGAUGAGGAGGGAGGCGUCUACGGAGAGGGGGCUAGUGUGUCGAGCUCCGGCCCCAACGCCAAGGACCAUAACAAAGCCACUCAAGAGUCCAGCGUGGAGGAUGUCCUGGAGUUUUUGGAUCUCAUGUCCCGCAAGGGCCAGCUGUCGGCUACUUUCUCCCUAGGAAAGAUGAAUUAUGAGGGUGCUCGUGGCCUGCCUCGCAAUUUCUACAAGGCCAUGAAGUAUUUCAGACUCAUUGCCGCAAAAUACUGGAAAAAGGAUGGUACCAUUACGCAGAACCCCCCUGCUGGACUCGACAAGGUUGCCGCGAAAGCAGCAGGACAUAUUGGUCUGAUGUUCCUUCGUGGGGAGGGCGUGAAGCAAGAUUUCUCUCAUGCACUGCUCUGGUUUAAGCGAGGCCUGGAAAAUGGCGAUGAUCUUUGCCAGCAUCACGUGGGCUUGAUGUAUCUCCAUGGGUACGGCGUUCCUCAAGACGCCUGGAAAGCCUCCAAUUACUUCAAAUCAGCAGCCGAGCAGGACUAUCCGGCCGCCGAAACACGACUAGGUGCGUUGUUCUUAGAUCAAGGCGACGUGGCUACUGCGGCUCGCUACUUUGACAUUGCCGCUCGACACGGGUGGAUGGAGGCCUACUACUACCUCGCUGAGAUGGCCAAUUUUGGCGUUGGCAGACAGAGACACUGUGGUGUAGCCGCGGCGUAUUACAAGAUGGUUUCUGAAAAGGCAGAGGAGUUGCACUCAGCAAUUGCCGAGUCUAACAUGGCCUACGAGGCUGGUGACAAGGAGGGCGCUCUCAUCCCGACUAUGAUGGCCGCAGAGCAGGGGUACGAGAAUGCCCAGGCUAAUGUAGCUUACCUUCUUGACGAGCAGCGGUCCUUGCUUUCUCUCGAUGGCAUUCUACCCUGGCUUCACCAAGCCCGGUCCUCUUUAUUGCGCAAUACCGCACUGGCAUUGAUCUAUUGGACUCGAUCCGCCAAGCAAGCGAAUAUCGAUUCUUUGAUAAAAAUGGGAGAUUACUACCUUACUGGCACCGGUGCUGUCUCGGAUGCUGAGAAGGCGUCCACCUGCUAUCAUAAUGCUGCAGAGGCCCACCACAGCGCACAGGCUUACUGGAAUCUGGGAUGGAUGCAUGAGAACGGCGUGGCCGUGGCACAAGAUUUCCACAUGGCCAAACGGUACUAUGAUCUGGCUCUAGAGACUAAUAAAGAAGCCUACCUUCCUGUCAAGCUUAGCCUGUUGAAGCUGCGAGCUCGAGGAUACUGGAACCGCAUAACCAACGGCGACAUCAAUCCCAUCCGCGAUGAUGAAGAAGCCAAACCCCGUCGCACGUUUACAGAAUGGCUCUCUGCUUUUAUUGAAAAUGACGAGGCUGCCUAUUACCAAGAGCUUUACGAGGCCCAUGCCGAGGAUGAAGACUUUAUGCGAACUCGUGGUCUGGAAUCCGACCAUGAGGACGGCUACUACGACGACCUCGAGUUUGACAUUGAUGAAGGCAUGCUUGAGGGUCUGCUCAUUGUUGGAUUGGCAGCAACGCUUCUCGUAUUGGUCUAUAUUCGACAGCAGCAACAAAGGAACCGGCAGAAUCAGAAUGCUGCGAACCAGGCGAAUGUGAAUGGAAAUGCCAAUGCCAAUGCUAAUGCCAACGUGAAUGUGAAUGCUAAUGCAGGCAAUGAUCGAGGCCUUUUCCCGCAACCUGGUGACCCUGAAUUUGGCCAGUGGGUGGCUGGUGGCGUGGGCCAUUGA